AUGGAGCGUGCGCCCUCUGCUGUCCGCAUGCUCUCAGGACCACCAGUCCCAGGGACCGUUCCUGCCGAAUAUUCAUCACGGACAGACUCUCCCAACAGCGCUGGACUCGGAGGAGUUCUGAGCCCUGAGACGGAGGACCUUUUCUCUACAUCCUGCGACCUCAUGGUGGGCCAGAUUUGGGACGUCGUGGGAGUGGCUGAGAAGAGAGCUCAUGCUGACGAUGCCCAUUACAAACCCGCCAACGUGUGCUGUCAGAGAGCUGCAAGUGAAAACAGCAAGAGACACUACCCAUGGGUGCACCAGAUGCCAGACUGCUCCCCUCCAAAUGCAGCAGCUGCUGGGAAGGCAACAUGGACCGCCGGCUGGGUGCUGGCGGCCGCGCUGCUGCUCCGCGCGCACCCGAGCGUCCUCUCGGAGCGCUGCACCGACGAGAAGAGCCGGCGCAUCCUGGCCGCGCUGUGCCAGGACUACCGUGGCGGCUGGCUCACGGGUGCGCUGUGCGAGGACCUGUGCGUGGCCGGGGAACUGCUGUACCAACGCUGCCUGUACUACGAGCGUGGCAAGAAGGUGCUGCAGGCCCAGUGGAGAGGCCGAACUGUGGUCCUCAAAUCCAAGAGGGAGGCUUUCUCCAGCUUCCCACCCCUCAAUCUGCUGGGGGAGGAAACGGGGCCAGGUGCUCCGGGCAUCCCUGACGCUGAGCUGCUCCUGAUGGUGGCUGGUGAAGUGAAGAACACGCUAGGUUUGGAGCUGCCCAACAACAGCAUAGUUCCUCUGUGGCCCGCCAGGCAGGGUCCUCGCUGGCGGCAACAGCUGGCCAGUGCGUGGUCGCUGCUCCAGCAAGAGGAAUAUGUGUACUUCAGCCUGCUGCCAGAUCUAAGCCGUCACAUCCUACCGGUCCUGGGUUCCUGUGGCCACUUUUACGCAGUGGAGUACUUGGCUGCCGGUAGCCCUCACCACAGGGCUCUCUUCCCGCUGGGUGAUGCUGGCCAGGCGGAAGCUAUUAGCCACAUCGCUCUCAGCUUCCUGGAUAUGGUGAGCCAUUUCGACAGUGAUUUCUCCCACCGCCUCCACCUCUGUGAUGUCAAGCCCGAAAACUUUGCCAUCAAGAGGGACUUCACGGUGGUAGCCAUCGACGUAGACAUGGCGUUCUUUGAGCCUAAGAUGAGGGAAAUCCUCGAGCAAAACUGCACAGGAGACGAAGACUGCAACUUCUUUGACUGUUUCUCCAAGUGUGAUCUGAGAGUGAACAGGUGUGGAGCCCAGCGUGUGAACAGCAACCUGCAGGUCAUCUGUGAUAAAAUAUUUCGCCGCUGGUUCUCCUCGACUCACAGGAGCCCCGCCGUCUCCCCCCAGCUUCGACUGCAGCUACAGCAGGCUGUUCAGGAGUGUGCUCACCAAGAGGGUCCCUCUGGGAACUCCAGGACUGCAUCCUCCGGCGUGUUCUGGAGGCUUCGGUGGCUCCUGCAGGCCACUCUGAGAGAACUGCAGGAGGUGGAGAAGUAGCUGCUUUCUUGCCUUAGUCAUCAAGAGUGGAUGGAGGAAGUGACUUCAAGUGAUGGCUUCCGUUGUCACCAUGCAAAUGCCUGUCUGCACCAUUGACAGGUUCUUCUGGAGAGUGCAACCGACUUUCCCUUCUGUGACUGUGGUGUGGACCACCCUUGCUCCUGCUCAGCUUGGUUCAACUUUAUUUGGUGCUGACUUCUGUCCUGUCACUUCCUCAGAAGUGGGCCAAGGGAGGGAAUUUGGAGUAUUUGACCUGUGCAGCUGACAGUGUGCAAUUUUCUGAUGAGCGCAACCAUACCUUGCCAUUGGAGAUAAAAGGCAGCUGCUCCCUGUUAGCCAUUAGCAAGCUAAAGUGUGUGGGCAUACUCUCACUUUGUGUGUUUGCAAAUAAGUGUGUGCAUACAUGUGCACCCAUGAGUGUGAGAGCAUGUUUGUACAAAUGAAUGGGCACUGUGGAUAGAGUAUGUUAAUGUGUGUAAACAUAAACACAUGUGGGUUUGUGUGUACAUGAGUGGAUGGCGCACAUAGUCUCACAAAUGAGUGUUCCUGUAUGUGUGUGUAUGCGUAUGAAUGAGUCAGUCUGCCUGUAAAUCCGUACUCACCGUUGAAUCAUUGUGAGUAUCCCCGGGGCGUCUAAGUAUGAAGGGGUGUGUGCAUAUGGCCUUGAGUAAGUGGGUGGGUUUGUGUAGCCUGUGUGUGGGGGGGUGGCUUUCUGAAUGUGUCCUCUAGGAAUCUUGCUGGCAGAGAAGUGUUACUUUUCUCUUGUAAUUAAAUGCAAUAAAAUGCUGUGUCUUUGGGAGCAUGAUUUGCACUGGAGAGUAUGCAGAGCGGCAGUUUUUCGCGCUUUUCAUUUUGUAGAUGUUACCACGCAUUGUGAUUCUCCGUCUGAGCAGAGACCGCGUACCUGCAGAAGCAGCGUGUCUUAUAGAUUGCUGGGGUGAGCUCUGACCACAGACACCUGGGCAGCAGCUUGCUCAUGCCAACCAACUGAAGGCCUGGCCGUGGUUGAGACACGCAGGCUCUGCUGUGGACCCAUGUGCUCUUUGGUGGACUUGGUGAAGGUCUUCUGCAAUGGCAGACUCUCACAAAGGAGGCUGAACUCUAUACAUUCCCCAGCAGAGUACUGGGUGGAACUGUAAGCCGUGUAUUCAGCAGGGUCUUGCUUCUGCUCAGAACAGGGAGCUCUGGUUUCUCAGACCAAACCUCUACAAGUCCCAGGAGAAGGGGACUCGGGAAAGAUGUGAUGACUUGAGGAUCUGGAAGGUGUGUCAGCGACUUACAAGGAGGAAGAGGCACAAUUCAGAGCUUUAAACAUGUACAGAAUGACAGACACCCUCAUCUUCUCCCUUCACACACCACCAUUCCAAUCCAGAGGAGCCCCUCUAACUCCUCAGCAGACACGUCACAGGGCUGGGCACCCAGGCUGCAUCCUGCUUCCCUGAGCCAGGACACGAGAGGAUCCAGGACACCCAGAGGCCACACCAGCCCUGACGCAUGACCCUGAAGGCUGUUUGGAGGUGCAUGUUUCCUGCCUCUCCCACCCCUCAUCCCAUGCAUCAGCAAUUUGCUCGUACCCGAAGACUUGCUUUCAGUUUGUGGGUCACUCUGUGGCAGAAGUAAGUGGAACCUCAAGGUGCUCAUACUAGUGGGAGUUUCACAGCUGGAAACAUGGCCUGGCCUGCUGAGCAGGGCUCCCAUUUUAUCUAUAUAAGUAUACUUACAUACUGUAUAUUAGUUAUAUAUUAUAUGACUAUAUAUGUAUACAUAUAUAACUAUGCACAUGUGUGUACACACACACAUUCGUCUUAUCAAUUCUGUUCCUCUAGAAUCCUAACAAAUACACCACCCAUGAGGGGGGCCUGAUGGGACCUUGCUGUCCUUCUUGGUGGUGAUGUUUCUCAGUGGCAUGACAAAUAUCAGCUAGAGGUUUUCCCUCCUGGUUUCCUACCCCAGUCCAUGUGACCUCAGGGUUGGGCUCUUGGAUUCUGUAGGAUGUCCCAUUUUGUCCACUGCUGGCUCUGGUCUCAGCUACAGGUGUGCUGGAGUUUCCAUUGGCUAAAGAGAUCCUAGAGAGUAUGUGUGGCUGUAGUCGAUGUUCAGUGAUGCAGACCCCCCACCGCCAGCACCCAGCACAUCUGGAGGGUAGACAGUGAGAGGUCAUUGUCUGGGUCUCAGACACCCUCUUCCUGAGGAUGCCCAGUGCACAUUGAGGUUGACAGGUGGAAGUCACCAUCUGGGUCCCAGACAUCCUCUUCCUGAGGAUGCCCAGAGUGCAUUGAGGGUAGACAAGUACGGAUAUCUCUGGGAAAACUCGCCCUUCUCAUCACAAUGAUUAAAAAUGUUGCUUUUCCUUGCCUCCUCACCAAGACCACAAAUUAUUAGCUGAUCUUGUUAUCUGUUGGGUAAGGCUAACUCAGGUCUCUAGUUUUUGUUGCAGGAUAUUUGACCACACCGUGAACCCAAAGAUUGAAUUAAUUAAAUAAAAUCAACCUUGGGUCAAGAG